AGGCGGACUGAGCCUGAAGCCUUCUACCUUGAUGUCUUCUUCAAUGCGCAGCCAACAGCGCAUUAUGAUGCCAAUAAGAGGCACAAACCUUCCAAUGCAUUGGUCCCGACUAGCAUCGCCUAUGCUGGAGGUCAAGCGACCUUCGCUGUCGACAUGGGGUUAGACUUUGCGACGCGUCUCAUGAUCCUCAAAGGCAACUUUACCUCCAUCUCCCUUGCUAUCUACGGAGAGUUGGCCUCGGACCCUCCUCCGGCCACCUAUCCCGAGCCGAAACAACUGCCUUCAGUGGAACCGUCCCCUCUACUACCCUCCCUUGACCCGUCCAACUCCCCAGAUCCGACCUCACUCGCGAAGCAACUAUUGACCCUGAUUGACGAUGCCCCCCCUCUGCCCCUUCUCAUUCGGCUUAUGUUCUGCCUGAAGCCGUCAAAUGAGGAUUGGGAGAACCCUGACUUCCCUUACCUGUAUGCUGACCUGGAUUAUGCUGCAGAUGCACAGCACUUUGACCUACAGGAGGCGUACGCGGCCAUAGGACGACCUAUUGCAGACGAUACGUCGGCAGAAUCUUUUGUGCGUUUCGCAGAGAAGGUCGCAAGCUGCAUUGAGCAAAAGAACAGUGACCAGACAUACUACCUAUCCGGGAUCUUAGCUCGUGCUGCCUCACAACACCCAGCGCUUGCGCCUGCUCUCCUAGAGAGAGUUGAUCUAGAGACCAUUAUGGAGCCCUCUCACAUGGAUUCCAGCGUUCUCCAGCGCUUGUUGACAGCCUGUACCAAUCCAAUCAUCGCCGGCCACCUUCAGGCUGAUUGGUUCCUAUCUUUGCUCUCUGUGACCAUAUCCAAUCCUGCGGUCGAGUCCUCGACAAAAGCUAAUGCGAACAAACUCAAAGUACGGAUAUUAGGCUGGCCGAUCCUCGAAGACGCCCUCUCAAACACUCAAGCCGAUUUUAGUCUUGCGACCCAGCUACUGCGAGAGAUUGGGUGCGAGGAACAGUCCUUCGGCGUCUGGCUGGCAUGCGAAGUUAUGCACGAAGAUCUCCGGACGAAACUGGCGGAGAACUCGGUCAUGCCCUUUCCAUUGUUACACCCGCCCGCGUUGUUCCGGUCUGAGCUGGCAGCCGCAGGCGUGUCCCAUGACGAGUUCAUUGCUUUCCUUAGAGCAUAUCUCGGCGUAGCGUGUGUAUUGGCUGUGUUUGCGUGGUCCGACAGCCUUGGAAGUAAAGUGUGUAGGGAACGGACGCUGGCCGUGAUACGGCUUUGGCAGGAGGUAGAUGGGUAUCGGGAGAUAGUAAACCACCUCCUGCUUCUUCGCCAAAUGGUGUUUCGCCUCGAAUGCAACUUGAACAAUGACCCACCUACUUCUUCUGGCAUUUCAACGGAACGUAUCCUGCUUUCGCUCGCAUCAUACAACCCAGGAUCCAUGCUUUCGCCCGACAUGAUAAAAUGUUCCCUGAAUCUUCAGCACCCACUGUCUGCCAUAACAGAAGACGAACGGCUGACGAUGCGCAGACUUGCUAUCAUUGCAGAGGACGGGGCUCCAGCUGCAGUGGAGGUGCUAGGCCAGAGAUAUGAGUCGCCCAUGAAGAUGGAGGAUAUUCGUAGCAUACGGGUGAGCCUGACGAUCAUGGAGCGGGAGCUCGAAAAUGGCGUGGAAGGCGAGUGGCGAGCUCUAGAGGCUCUAUGGGGAGAGCGGCGACACGGUUUGGUUACAAUGCUAGCAGAAGCGCUGUCAGUUAUCAUCAGCGACAUCCGCAGCUUCUUUUCCUUACGCCCGCCCCCGGAGACGAGCCAGCAUGUCCUCGCCGAGCUCUUCGAGACGGCCCGUGACUUGUUAAAGGUUAUGGUGCGUCUUGUCCCAGCAUACCCGUUGCCGAGCCGACCGAUGUGCAUGCUCGUCGCGGACAUUGCGGACUUAUUCGUCUGUACGGAUUCUGCGGACAUGCUCUAUUCACAAGCGAGUCCCGCAUGUAUUGCUGCGCAGAGUAGCAGGCAAGCUUGCAUCGAUGCGGUCAGAACUCUAUGCCAACCAUCCGAGGGCACUCCUCUAACCCGUCAUGACGGCAAGUCGAACGCGUGCGUUGUACUCCGCACAUUGUUGGAACAUGGUCUACGAUGCGGGGACACGGAUCCUGCCUACCACAUCCUACAAGUCUUCUCUCUGAUCGACCACCUUCUCCCAUUCGCGGCUUCUCCGGGAGACGAAGGACAAGCAAUGUGGUUGCGGGAGGUACUUCCUAACGUCCUUUCUGAGCUGAAGGUAUUCUUCAGGGCGCUGGAUACGGACAACAGAGUGCACUUUGCCAAACGAUUGGCAAAUUUGGAUUCUGGAGUGCUGGGUAUCGGGGAGUGGCUGGUGUCAGAAGAACUGAGCUAUCUGGAGAACAUGAUGAAGGAGCUACAAGGCGGCAUUUCUGACGGAGGAAGGACUCCACGGACACAGUUCACACAUUGUCAGGUUUCUUCCUCGCUGAAAUUCGUUUGCGACCUGGUCGCAGCUGGGAACACUUCACCGUGGUGUCUGCAAUAUUUGACGACCGACCCGGUGGCUGUCGCUUCAUUGAAGACCAGCCUCUCUGCUCUGCUGGAUCUGUUCCACUGGUCCGAGUUUCUAAUCGGGAUUGGCCUUUCUUUGUCAGCUAAUUGGGCACGCAACUUCGAUCAAUCGCUUGGAGUUGUAAUUGUACAGAUACUGCUGCGAGAUCAAGAUGUUUCUCCCGGUAAUCAACGAGUAAUUUUGGAUCUUGCGUGGAACGUUCUCCAAGACGUUGAUCGUGCAGCAGUCGAUAGCGAGCGUGUGCGGGUCGAGCUUAGUUCACGGCUAGCUCAGAUGGCUCGUAGUCUCGAUCAAUCAUUGACCUUGGAGCCUGAGGAUCCGACUCCAGACCUCUUGUUAUCAAUCACGGAAUGGCUCAUCAAGCCGGUCUCCUCGAAUGAGUCCAAAGUAUGCCUGGAUUUAACGGCAAAUCACCUGUCAAAUAUACUUCAACGUAUUAAGGCUGGCAGUACUCAGAACAGGACUGCCAUCGUAGAGAACCUUGAAGGAUGGAUCAGUGUAUCCGGGGACGAAAAGCCGGUCUCGCUGCGCCCACUACCAGACCAUUUUAUACUCAGCGUCCACGACUUGGAAGGGCUUCUUCAGGACAGAAUGGAUGUCGACGUACCAUCUACACCUCCUCAGAAGCCACUAUCCCACUCGCAAGAUGUUUUCGGACUUGUCACGGUUUCACCACCUACUGCUCUGCUCCGCUCCCCUGCAGUGACAGGCCUGACGAAGACGUACGCAAAUAAUGAUUUCCGCCAAUUACGGCAGACACCGUCAGCGCGGCAAAACACAAGUCGUCUACCCAGCAUGCACGUUGAUGUAGGUGCUAUGGGCCCUCCUGAAGGCACGAUGCUGACGCUGAUCUAUUAUAGGAAUUCGAGCUGA